AUGGAAAGAGGAUAUCUUGAUGCACCACCACCAGCCUAUCGACGGGCCUUCCCACAAACUGACUCAGAUAAUGCCCCAGUUUCAGCAUCAACGAAUCCAGCAAGCAAGUCUACUCCUGCCAAAGCACCAACAUUGAUUCAGCGUUUCCAUCUACAAACCAAAAUUACCAACGAUACCCCGAAGUCCAACGAGCCGGAAGGGUGGACUGGUACCGGUCCGAUACCAUAUGCUGCUAAGGGAAAAGGAAAAGCUACAGAGGACCCUACAGGACCUGCAGUUUGGGAAGCUACGGCGGAGAAGAGACAAGAGUCCUUACAGAAGCGCAAAGAGGCAAUGAUUUUGGCAGCAAGGCGGAGGCUAAUGGAGAAGGAUGCCAAG